AUGAAUCGAUCAAGGUGGUCAGUGUCGGUGUCGGCGUACUUGAAGGAGACUCCACCCAUCGAUGAGGUGACGACCACGCCUCUUGCCGACGCGGUCACCAGCACGGCUCGUGCCACCGUCGCCACCACCGUCACCGGCACAUCUACAACAGCCACUGCGGCCAUGUCGCUGGCCAAACACAUGCUCAAUACUAUGACUACAGCUGUAACGAUGACGCCAUCAAUUCCUGAAUCUGACGACGAUAUUCGUGUCAUCGUUCUCAACAACACGGGCCAACAGGAUGUGUCAAUAGAAAAGUGGGUAACCGGUUGCUUGAUUGUAAUACGACGUGCGCUGCUAUAA